UAUUUGAACCGGCUCGUUCACCACCGACACAUCACCACUAAGAGCUGAGAAACACUGUGAAGGAUGCAGUGUUAGCGAAACAGACUACAUAAAACUAAUUUAUGAGCAACUAAUGGUGUUAAGAUGAAACUGUAUUGUCUCUCUGGUCAUCCCACAUUGCCUUGCAAUGUCCUCAAGUUCAAAUCCACCACUAUCAUGUUGGACUGUGGGCUGGACACCACCUCUGUCCUCAACUUCCUGCCCCUUCCCCUUGUGCACAGUCCAAGGCUCUCCAAGCUACCCGGUUGGGUCUCUAAGGAUGGAACAUUGAACUUGGAAAAGGAGCUGAAGGAGUGUACAGGAAGAGUGUUUGUGGACUCACAACCAGAGUUCUGCCUCCCUGAGAGAGAACUGCUGGAUCUAUCAACCAUUGACGUCAUCCUAAUCUCUAACUACCACUGUAUGAUGGCCCUGCCCUACAUCACUGAACACACCGGUUUCACUGGGACAGUGUAUGCCACAGAACCCACCCUGCAGAUUGGCAGACUGUUAAUGGAGGAACUGGUGAACUUCAUGGAGAGAGUUCCCAAAGCCCAGUCUGCCACCUGCUGGAAAAAUAAAGAAAUACAAAGGUUGCUCCCUGGGCCACUGAAGGAUGCAGUAGAUGUGUGGACGUGGAAGCGAUGCUACAGCAUGCAGGAGGUCAACUCUGCCCUCAGCAAAGUGCAGCUUGUGGGUUACUCACAGAAAGUGGAGCUGUUUGGAGCUGUACAGAUCUCCCCCUUGAGCUCCGGUUACUCGUUAGGCAGUUCCAACUGGAUCAUCCAGUCUCACCAUGAGAAAGUUUCCUAUGUGUCAGGUUCAUCCCUGCUCACCACACAUCCACAGCCGAUGGACCAAAGCUCCCUGAAGAACAGCGAUGUUCUUAUUCUGACAGGUCUCACCCAGAUGCCCACCGCCAACCCAGACGGCAUGCUGGGAGAAUUCUGCAGCAACCUUGCCAUGACAAUUCGAGCAGGAGGCAACGUGCUAGUGCCGUGCUACUCCUCAGGUGUGAUAUAUGACCUGCUGGAGUGUUUGUACCAGUUCAUCGAGAGCGCCAACCUGGGGACCACUCCUUUCUACUUCAUCUCACCAGUCGCCAACAGCUCGCUGGAGUUCUCUCAGAUCUUCGCUGAGUGGCUUUGCCACAACAAGCAAUCAAAGGUGUAUCUCCCAGAGCCUCCAUUCCCUCACGCAGAGCUCAUCCAGACCAACAAGCUGAAGCACUACCCCAGUAUCCACGGAGACUUCAGCAGCGAGUUCCGCCAGCCGUGCGUGGUGUUCACCGGUCACCCGUCUCUGCGCUUCGGGGACGUGGUCCACUUUAUGGAACUAUGGGGCAAAUCCAGCCUGAACACCAUCAUCUUUACUGAGCCGGACUUUUCUUACCUGGACGCUCUGGCUCCCUACCAGCCUUUGGCUAUGAAGUGUGUUUACUGUCCUAUUGACACACGGCUUAACUUCCACCAAGUAUCAAAGCUGCUCAAAGAGGUCCAGCCCCUUCACGUGGUGUGUCCAGAGCAGUACACCCAGCCUCCACUGACCCAGUCCCACCGCUCUGACCUGAUGCUGGAGCUGCAGCCCCCUCCCAUGCCCUACAGACGCUGUUCUGUGCUCAACCUGCCCUUCAGACGCCGCUAUGAACGUGUCUACAUCCUGCCUGAGCUGGCCAACUCCCUGGUGCCCUCUGAGAUUAAACCUGGCAUCUCCCUGGCAACAGUGUCUGCAGUGCUGCAUUCCAAGGACAACAAACACACACUGCAGUCGGUGCCCAAACCCCCUCCAAUGCCCCCCAGCAAAAAAAGGAAGCGGGUAAUAGAGGAGCCGCCAGUAGUGCUGGCACCCAAACCCCUGCUGAGUGGAGCGGUGCCCCUGGAAGCUUUCCUGUCCACACUGCAGAAGCAUGGCAUUACAGAGGUUAAAGUGGAGGAGACGGCGGACGGACACAUCCUGCACCUGCAGGCGGAGGACACGCUGAUUCAGCUGGAGGAGGACGGGACACACAUCGUCUGCGACAACAACGAGCCACUACGCACCACACUGAGAGACCUGGUGCUCCGCUUCCUGCAGAAACUCUGACCUCAGUCCUCUUCACGCACUUAGAUGGCAACAGACUGUUUUCAUUGCAGCUCUUACAGUAGUUUUACUGUAAAGGUCGGUUAUAUUUUGUAAAAUAGUAUUUUGUAUUAAAAGAUUUUUCAAACAUG